CAGAUUCACGAGCCCGAGAGAGAAGGAACCUGCUGCAUGAGGCUGCUCAAAUGGUCGUGUUUCCUUCCCAUCUGAGGUGUUUGAAACACUCUCGAGAGUUCCAGCAUUUUGGGCAGAAGACGGAGCGGCAAGCUAAGAAGGCCUCGGGCGCCAUCAGUGCCUCGAUCAGAGGAGCUACCUAGUCCUUAUCAGCAUACGAAAGGAGCGUCUGCCUAGGUUUUGGAAGCUUGGGCCUCACCAUUCGGCAAGCUGCAAAGAGCUGUCAAAGAUUGCCAUUGUGUUUGCAGAGUCUGCUUCAGGGAGGACCUACACUGCUUGCUAAGGAAACCUCCUGACACCUCAAGCCAAACCCCAAAAUGGCGUCAGGAAGUUCUGUGGCGCAGCCAGUCACCGGGCACGACACCGAGCACGACGAGGAAAACAUUCCCGUUGCGCAGGCAUUUAUUCCAGGGGCCCAGCCUAGUUACCAGUACGCGCAGGCCACCCCGGUUGUUGCUCAACCGGUCGGAGGUCAUCAGCAAGUGUACAGCGCCACUCCCGCCUACAAUGCCACUCCCGUAAUAAGCUACCCCCAGUAUGAAACCGGCAAGGUUCCGCCGACUCCUCCCACGCCCUACGUCCCAACGCCGUACAACAACUACGACCAAAGCGGCAAGCCGGUUGCGGCAGGAGCGUUGGCGCAGCAGUCGUCUCCGAAGAUCCUGGGAUUGCCAAAGAAGAUCUUCUUCCUGAUCCUGGGCCUGAUUCUGUUGGUCAUUGUGGGAGUUGGGGUUGGGGUGGGCGUGGCUGCGUCCGGUGGAGGGGACGAUAAGUCGAGCGGGGCCAAUAGCCCUCCGGGGCAGACGCCAGUCAACCCCAGCUCGCCAGUCACCAACACCCCCCCUUCCCCCGGCAGUCCCGGCACGACUAUCACAACGACUCCCGGCAGCCCCCCCGACUCCAUCCCCAUCGUGACGAUCGGAGGACCCGCCGCGCCUAGUUCUCCAACCACACCGAGCACUAACCCCACCCCCCCCAGCACGACCCCCCAGCCCCCGAGUCCGGUGACAACUCCCAGCCCCCCCGCCAAAACGACCGCCCCGGCUCCCGCAUCCUCGGUGACGUUCGGGACGUUGAGCGCGGACGGCCAGGCGCUGGUGACCGCGAUCAAUCAGGAACGGCAGAAGAAGGGGGUGUCGGCGCUCACGGUCGAUUCCACGCUGGUCUGCACGGCGCAGCGGCUGUCGCGGAGCAAAGGCGGGCUGACCAACCCGACGUGCAACUCGGAAGGUUUCCCCCUCAUGACGCGCAUCAACCAGUGCAGCGUCACGUUUGACGGCCAGAUCAACCAGCUGACGGGGUGUGAAUACUUCACGCCGUCAUUCCAGGUGGAUUCGUGGGCGUCCGACACGGACCUCUCCGAGGUUCUGCUGGACCCAACGUUCAAGUACGUGGGGGGAGACGGGUACCCCAACGGCAAGUUCUGGACCGCCAUCUUUGCUUAACAAGGAGGGUUAGCGUACCGGGUUAGCGUACCGGGUUUGGACUUGGACGGAGGCACGUUGAAAGGCUGACGGCAGCAGAGUGCUGGAUCUCCAGCCUCGCUUGAAGUGGAGGGUCAGCGAGUCGGGUGGGCGUGUUGAGACUGGUGGGGUUAUAGUGCAUGAAAAGGCCGAUGGCAGCGGGGUAAGGCCUGCAUUUUCGCACGCUAGCUAGGAUGCGCAGCUUUGCAUGCUAGCCAGCCUUCAGGUAGCAACGCCGUGAGCGUUCGGUGUGUUACACAUCUUGGCACCCCGGCAGGAUUUGGUGUGGAAGAGUACUAUUGGCCAUACUCUAGUCAAAGUUCGAGCGUGGGUAAAACCGUCUUGGGACAUCUUAUGGUCUCACUUUGCGUCGCACACUAGUCUGCCGUCUUACUAAUGCUCGCUAUAGGUGGUCUAGGACGAACAUAGAGCACAACAUUCCAACUCGAGAAGCAACAGCAUUGCCAUUUGAGUGGGUCUGAGUGCUCAGAACAAUCUUUGUUACAAAUUACACCAUGCGGAUCAUUCUUAUUAUUCCAAACUUCAGCUUUGGCAACCGAAAAUUUCCA